ACUGUACAGUGACAUUUUUUAGAACAGUAUUACAGCCGACAGACGUCCCAGACUACAUGGUACCUUCACUGUAGCCCUAGAAAUUAGGCUCGCUUAAAGUUACUUAUAGGUUGUAGGAUGGGAGAUGGACUGAUAAAGGGCACAUGAAAAUUAUUUGCUUGAAUGGGCUAUGCUCACAAGUUUUUGAUCAACUCGGAGUGGUGAUAUCACUUUAAUGUCAUAACCGCUUUUCUUAAUACUUGAACUGUUCUUAUUUGCCCUGUUUGUUUUCUUUGUUCUGAAACGAACAGGUGUCGGUACGCUUUUUUGUCGGUGCUACUUUCUGCUGAAGGCAGUGCAGAUUUGCCAAGGUUGUGUAAUGUUUACGGCUUGGCGUAGAACUUUCGUUGUCAUUGACCUUCCUUCUCUUGUUUCUCUGACCUCCACAACAGUGCCGGCCGAAGCUGCCUUCCAGGACGAUGGGGACGGUGGGAGCGACUCCUCUUCUCUUAAAUGCGAACUGGUUGGGUCGCAACCCACGAUGCGGCAACGAUAUGAGGGCAUGUACCAGUGCGAGUUCUGCCCUUAUUCUAGUCGUAAUCUAUCUUCUGUCAUUGACCAUGAAAGGACACACACAGGACAGAAGCCUUUCCACUGCUCUGUCUGCAAGAGAGGGUUUACUCAAACGUCUCACUUACAGGUGCACAUGAGGACUCACACGGGUGAGAAACCAUUCAGUUGCGAGGUUUGCCAGAAGACGUUCGCCAGAAGUCAUGGCCUGACGAUUCACAAGAAAGCACAUACUGGUGAAAGACCGUACCAAUGUGGCAUGUGUGAGAAACGAUUUACGAAAAGAGUUAGCUUGUCAUGUCAUGAGAGAGCCCACAAUGGGGAGCGGCCUUACAAGUGUGAAGCCUGUGGGAAAGCGUUUACCCAUAUAAGCGUUUUAAGUAGGCAUAAAAAAGUGCACAAGUGAGGGAUCUGUUUGUUGUUCACCUAAGGUGAGAAAUGGAGGCAUAUUCACAGUUCUAAACAUUAUGAGUUGCGGUUAGGCAAGAGCCGUAGUUCUGCAAUGUAGUAUUUUUAUUUUGUUUUGAAUUGCCUUAUUAUAGGUGCUUUUACCUUCUUGGUAAAUAUUUGCUUUAGGUCCUAUGGAGCUACGUUCGACGGUUCAUUUGGAGUGGAUGAGGAAACUGAGUAGUUUCUCUCUCAGCUCAGAGAUUUCAAAAUGUUGAGGUAUGAUGCAGUCAAUUUCCAACUUUAUCUGUGAAAAGUGAAAUUUAUCUGUUUAUUUCUUGUUUUGUUCACACUGAUGUAUUCUUUUAUUACUCUUAUUCCUUUACAACUGUAUUUUGCUUCUUGCUAGAAAAUCUGCCAAAUGUAAAAGCAGCAAUUAAAGUGUACAUGAAAAAGAA